AUGGUUGGAGUCAUGAUCCUGCCAGCUGACACCCACGGUGGAGCGGAGGGAACGCUGAUGGAAGCGCUCAACUGGAUUUGCUUGCGGUACAAGUCCCAGGCUUUGGAGCAGUAUCGCAGUGUUGUGACAACAGCACAGCUGGUGGUUCUUCCACGUGUUUCUGGAGGUGCCCGAAGGCACAACUGGCUCUGGCAAGUCGAUUUGCAACUGUCCCUUACUACUGUAGCGUCUUUGGAGAUGAUGCUGCCCAGUUGGCCUUUACGGAGCUGCUGCAGGAUGGCGAGGGAUUUCAGGGUGCAGCCGAGCUUCGACAGAACCUUCCAGAGACCGUUGCGGCUGACUGUAUCAAAGGCCUUAGUCAUGUCAAUGAACGCCGUGUACUUCCCACAUAUUGUUCACGGCUCUUUUCCUGUAUCUGGCGCUGGACCAAGAUCAAGUCAGAAGCAUCAUAGUGAAUUGAGCUGGAGACCCACAAAAUUGGCGGCUCUAGUACUUCCUCUCGUGGGGUUCUUGAGCUUGGCUCUGCUGAUGACAGUGUAUACAUUCCGGAGACGAUAUUCUGCCUGUGUGGAAACAAGGCAUGAUGAUGAGGACCCUGGCCUUACAGAAAGGGAGGAAAAUCUGACAUAUGGAUCGGGCUCUGGUUGUCCUCUACUUUUUCAAAGGACGAUAUCUAGGGCGAUAAUUCUUUGUGAAAUUGUUGGAAAAGGGCGAUUUGGUGUGGUUUGGCACGGCAAAUGGAACGAGGAAGAUGUAGCAGUUAAAAUUUUCUUCACGAGUGAUGAAAAGUCAUGGUUCAGAGAGACUGAAAUCUACCAAACCACCUCGCUCCGACAUGAAAAUAUCCUUGGUUUCAUUGCUGCUGACAAUAAAGAUACUGGCCUACGUACUGAACUUUGGAUUGUGUUAGACUACCAUGAGCACGGUUCUCUGUUUGAUUACUUAAACAAGUUCACCGUUGCUGCAGACAGUGUGAUGAAACUUGCCCUCUCUAUAGCAAGUGGACUAGCACAUCUUCAUAUGGAAAUAACUGGGACACAUGGUAAACCUGCCAUAGCACAUCGUGACCUCAAGUCAAAAAAUAUUCUUGUGAAGAGGAAUGGAACAUGUGUCAUUUCUGAUUUGGGUUUGGCUGUGCGGAGCAAUUCAUCGAAAGAUGUCAAUUAUAUUGCUCAUAAUCUCAGAAUUGGAACAAAGAGGUACAUGGCCCCAGAAGUUCUUGACGAUAGUAUCAAUGCCAGCCAUUUUGAUUCAUUCAAACACGUCGAUGUAUAUGCCUUGGGUCUAAUAUUAUGGGAGAUUGCAAACCGAUGUUCUGCAGGAGGUGCCUGCAAUGAAUAUCAGAUGCCUUAUUAUGACCUUGUUCCUUUGGACCCUUCUAUAGAAGAUAUGAGAAAGGUCGUCUGUGAACAAAGUCAAAGGCCAAGGGUUCUAGAUCAGUGGCAUUGUUCUGAGGUGCUGCUGGUGAUUGCCAAAAUCAUGUGGGAAUGUUGGUUUGCUAAUGGAGCGGCACGAUUGACAGCACUUCGUAUCAAGAAGACCCUCACAAAUCUUAGUGUGCAGCAAGGGGUGAGCAUCAACUGA